AUGCCUGAGCCAUCUCAUCUGGCUCCUCUCGAUUCGGAGGAGCAGUUCCUCUAUUCCGAGCCCGUCCCGAAUGGCAGAGAAAAAGUUAUCUGCAACUUCCGGUCACCAAUAUGCCAGGCUCUGGUCCUGGAGAUUGGGGAGACUGUACAGAUUCUGGAGAAGAAUGAAGGUUGGUACAGAGGCUUUUCCACCAAGAAGCCUUCAAUCAAGGGUAUUUUCCCAAUCAGCUAUGUCCACUUAAAGAAGUCCACAGUGACAAACAGAGGGCUGUGCGAGACGGUGGUGCCCCUCGAGGACCCCAUUAUCACAGAGACCACCUCGACGCUGCAGGAGUGGGGUGUCUUGUGGAAGCAGCUCUAUGUGAAACAUAAGGUGGAUCUCUUCCAUAAAUUGCGUCAUGUGAUGAACGAGCUCAUCGAUCUGCGUCGGCAGCUCAUCCAGGGUCACCUCGCCCAAGACCAAACCCGUGAGAUCAAGAGGCACAUCACUGUACGCCUUGACUGGGGCAAUGAACACCUUGGCAUCGACCUUGUGCCAAGGAAAGAGUUUGAAAUGGUGGACCCAGACCAGAUCAGCAUAUCAGAGCUUUACAAACUGCAUGUAUCCAGCAGACACUGUGGUCAGCAAAGCACAAACCAGGCUGACAACGUGAGACCACGCCAUGGUGACAGUUGCCGUGUCCCAGUGUCACACCACCUUUUCAUCAAUCUGAAGAGCUUCACUUACAACAGCAUCAGCGAGGACGCAGACGUCUUCUUCUCUCUGUAUGACACUCGAGAGGCCAGACAGAUCAGCGAAAAGUUCAUGGUGAAACUCAACAAAAAUGGAGGACCAAAGAAUCCAGAGAAGGUUGAUCGUCUUUGUGCUCUCUUCACGGACCUAAGUAGUAAAGACUUGAAGAGAGACCUGUACAUUGUUGCACAUGUCAUGAGAACUGGCCGCAUGCUGCUGAACGACUCAAAGAAAGGCCCACCACACGUGAUGUACCGACGACCAUAUGGCUGCGCCGUUCUCGCUAUGAGUGAUGUUUUCCAUACUAUCACUGACCUCAAAGAGGAGAAGGACUUUGUGCUUAAAGUUUAUACAUGUAACAACGAAAACGAGUGGUACCAGGUUCAUGAAAACAUCAUCCGCAAGUCCAACACCAAAUACUCUGCUCCCAGCACCAAUUAUGGCCUCAUCAUUUCCCUGCAGCUGUUGAGGGGCGAGUUGGAGCAGAUCAGACGGGAGAACCAGGCGGUGUUCAACCGCGCCCUGGCACUCACGCGCAAACUGGGUUUUCCAGAUGUCAUCAUGCCAGGUGACAUUCGCAAUGACUUGUACUUAACCCUGGAACGAGGCGAGUUCGAGCGGGGUGGCAAGAGUGUACAGAAGAACAUUGAAGUGACGCUUUAUGUCCUCUAUGCCGAUGGGGACACUCUCAAAGACUGCAUCAGUUUGGGCAGCGGUGAGCCCAACAUGACUGAAUAUCGCUCCUUUGUCCUCUACCACAACAAUAGUCCUCGGUGGAGUGAGAUGGUCAAACUUCCCAUUCCCAUAGACCGCUUCCGAGGCUCCCACCUACGCUUCGAGUUCAGACACUGUUCCACUAAAGACAAAGGGGAGAAAAAACUUUUUGGCUUCGCUUUCACUCCUCUAAUGAGAGAGGAUGGGACGACGCUGUCGGACGAGAGUCAUGAGCUGUAUGUCUACAAGUGUGAUGAAAACGCCACCUUUAGUAACCAGGGCCUGUACCUCAGCCUGCCGUGCUGCAAGGAGGACUUCAACAGUUGUCCCAACUUGCCGGCUAAUUUGCCAUUCCAGAGGAGCCCUAAAGAGACCUUCUGGGUUUCUACCAUACUCUGCUCCACAAAACUCACACAGAAUGUGGAUCUGUUGGCACUUCUGAACUGGAAAACCCACCCGGACAGGGUGCUGGACAUCCUUGGUCGACUGCGUCAGAUCAGUGGAGAGGAGAUUGUCAAGUUCCUUCGAGAUGUCCUGGAUACACUCUUUUGUCUUUUAGAUGACAACACUGAUAAAUACGGACCUCUGGUUUUCCAGUCUCUGGUAUUUAUUAUCAACUUGCUCAGGGACAGCCGUUUCUACCACUUUCGCCCAGUAAUGGACUCUUACAUCCAAAACCAUUUUGCUGGAGCUUUGGCAUACAAGGAGCUUAUUCGAUGCCUGAAGUGGUACAUGGACCGCUCAGCGGAAGUCGUCCGACAAGAUCACAUCCAGGAAGCCAUGCGGGCUCUGGAGUACCUGUUCAAGUUCAUCGUCCAGUCCCGAAUAUUGUAUGCACGUGCAACCUGCGGGAUGGAGGAGGAGCAAUUCCGAGCGAGCAUCCAGGAGCUCUUUCAAUCCAUCCGUUUUGUGCUGAGCCUGGACAGCCGCAGCUCAGAGAACCUUGUGUUCACUCAGGCGGCGCUGUUGAACAGUUUCCCUGAUAUAUUUGAUGAGCUGCUGCAGAUGUUCACAGUUCAGGAAGUGGCUGAAUAUGUCCGUGGCACCCUUGGAAGUAUGCCCAGCACCGUUGACAUUGGCCAAUCAAUGGAUGUUGUCAAAUUGCAGUCGAUUGCGCGGACCGUUGAAAGCCGGCUCUUCUUCUUCCCUGAGUCUCGAAGCAUUUUGCUUCCCGUUGUUCUGCAUCACAUUCACUUGCACUUGCGCCAGCAGAGGGAGCUGCUUAUCUGUUCUGGGAUUCUUGGCAGCAUCUUCUCCAUCAUCAAAAACAGUUCUAUGGAGUCGUCUGUUCAGGAGGAAGUGGAGAUGAUGGUUGAGAGCCUCUUGGAUGUAUUGCUGCAGACCCUGCUGUCAAUCAUGAGCAAGUCUCACUCUGUGGAGACAUCCAGAGGCCAGCGCUGCCCUCAGUGCACUGCAGAGAUAACGGGGGAGUAUGUGUCCUGUCUUCUCUCUCUGCUCCGACAGAUGACAGAGAUCCAUUUUCAUCAUCUACUCAACAACUUCCAUAGCAAAGAAGAGCUCAAAGAGUUCCUGUUGAAGAUCUUCUGUGUAUUCCGGAACUUGAUGAAACUGACGAUCUUCCCUCGAGAUUGGAGUGUCAUGAGACUUCUAACCAGUCACAUCAUUGUUGUGACAACACAGCUUCUUUCUCCAGCGCUGCACAAGAACUUUUCCGAGGCUGAUUUCGAUUUCAAGGUAUGGAAUUCCUUCUUCAGCCUCACCGUGCUCUACAUCAAUCAGCCCAGUCUCCAGCUGGAGGCGGUCGGACCCGCUAAGAGAAAGAAAAUUCUGGAUAAGUAUGGAGAUAUGCGAGUACUGAUGGCUUAUGAACUCUUUAGCAUGUGGCAAAAAUUAGGUGACAACAAACCCCACUUCAUUCCAGGAAUGAUGGGCCCCUUUCUGGGUGUGACCCUGGUUCCUCAAACUGAAGUUCGAAAUAUUAUGAUUCCAAUUUUCCAUGACAUGAUGGACUGGGAGCAGAGGAAAAAUGGAAACUUCAAACAGGUGGAAGCAGAGCUGAUGGAUAAGCUGGAUAGCAUGGUGUCUGAUGGCAAAGGCGAUGAUAAUCACAGGGAACUCUUCAGCCUUUUGACCCAGUUGUUUGGCCCUUAUCCUAGUUUACUGGAGAAGAUAGAACAGGAGACCUGGAGAGAGACGGGCAUCUCAUUUGUCACAUCAGUCACAAGGCUAGUGGAGCGACUGCUGGACUACAGGGACUGCAUGAAAGGCGAUGAAGUCGACAAUAAAAAAAUGGGCGGCUCUGUCAACCUUAUGAACUUCUACAAGUCGGAAGUCAAUAAGGAGGACAUGUACAUUCGUUACAUUCAUAAGCUGUGUGACCUCCAUCUCCAAGCUGAAGACUACACAGAGGCCGCAUUUACCCUGUUACUGUACUGGGAGCUUCUCCAUUGGGAGGACCGGCCCCUGAGGGAUUUUCUUCACUAUCCCUGCCAGAGCGAGUGGCAGCGCAAGGAGAACCUAAGUCGUAAAAUCCUCCACUACUUCAACAAGGGCAAAUGCUGGGAAUAUGGCAUCUCUUUGUGUCGGGAGCUGGCUUUCCAGUAUGAAACGUUAUAUGAUUACCAGAGUCUCAGCUGGAUAAGGAAAAUGGAGGCAGCUUACUAUGACAACAUUAUUGAGCAGCAGCGGAUCGAACCAGAGUUUUUCAGAAUGGGCUUCUAUGGCAGGAAGUUUCCAUUCUUCCUCAGGAACAAAGAGUUUGUCUGUCGUGGCUAUGACUACGAACGGCUGGAGGACUUCCAGCAAAGGAUGCUGGGAGAGUUUCCGCAAGCCAUCGCCAUGCAGCAUCCCAACCAACCCGAUGACACCAUCCUGCAGAGUGAUGCGCAGUACUUGCAGAUCUAUGCGGUGACUCCAGUGUCAGACAUCUCAGAUGUGCCUCAAUUGGAGCGUGUGCCCGAGAGGAUCAAGAGCUUCUACCGCAUCAACAACGUCAGCCGUUUCCACUAUGACAGGCCUUUCCACAAGGGUCCCAAGGACCGCGAAAAUGAGUUCAGGAGCCUUUGGAUUGAGAGAACCACCCUGAUCCUCUCCCGCCCUCUCCCGGGCAUCUCUCGCUGGGCUGAAGUGGAAAAGAGGGAAGUGGUGGAGGUAAGCCCUCUGGAGAAUGCCAUUUAUGUGGUGGAGAAUAAAACCCAGGAGUUGCGGACUCUGAUUAGCCAGUACCAACACAGACAGCAUCACGGCAACAUCAACCCCCUCAGCAUGUGCCUCAAUGGAGUCAUCGAUGCUGCAGUGAAUGGAGGCAUCGCUAGAUACCAAGAGGCAUUUUUUGACAAGGACUACAUCAGCAGUCACCCGGAGGAUGCGGAGAGGAUUACACACCUGAAGGACCUCAUGCAAGAGCAGGUGCACAUUCUAGGGGUGGGUCUUGCUGUUCAUGAGAAGCUGGUACACCCAGAGAUGCGUCCACUACACAAAAAGCUGGUGGACCAAUUCCACAUGAUGAGGACUGGUUUGCACCACUAUAUUUUUGGUACUCAGCAGGGUGUGCCUGGUGUGGAGCGAUUUGGCCCUGGUGGCUGCUCGGGGGUCAACUCUCCCAGAGGCAUCCUCUCAUCCCACAAUCACAUGAGCCCUGAGAGCCUGCGCCUCAUACACAGACACAGCCCUCUGAACCUGCAGGGAUCGAUCCGUCACUCGUCCUCCUCACUGUCGUCUCACACUUCAAGUGAGGCCGGAACAGGAAACCUCGCCAUAAUGACUGACGGUUUGAUGGGGGAGCACCCUGAAGAGUCCAUUCACAUGCAGCCGAGCCCUUCAUCCUCCAGCCUGAGCUCAAUUCGUUCCAACUCCUCCCAAAUUAUAAACUCGGCUCCUUCGAGUGCUAGAGGUUCCCCGUCCUUGCCUGACAAGGCCAAGCACAACAGGGAGGUGAUGAUCCUGCUGCCAUCUCAUCGUGAGAGGGCCAACAAUUCCAUGUAUUACAACAUGGCAGAAAAUGGACAGAAUAACCACAUGCAGCGUGCCUUAGUGCAACAAGUUAGCCCCUGCAAGCCUUGCGCAGAUCCUCACAUGACUCUCCCAGAAAAAGUGUUUCCAAACGUUCCCAGCAGCUGGAACCUGGAUGGAGAGAACAGGGAACAAGUGUCCUACAUGUCAACUUCUACUGGAGGUGUAAUUAUGCCCCCAGUUCCCCCCAGAUCCUUUCCACCAGGACAUUUCCUAAUGCAUUGUGAUGCAUAUAACCCCCAGAACAACGACCCUCCACCCGCCCUGCCUGUGCGUUCACUUCGAAAGUCUCCCCUUCACCCGAUUCCUGGCUCCCCUACCAGCCCUCAGUCUGCUUUGGGCGGAAGUAACUCCACCCUUUCCGGCAGUGCCAGCAGCGGCGUAUCCUCUCUGAGCGAGAGUAAUUUCAGUGGCCAGUAUCCAGAUCCUGGCCCCAUCAGGAACGACGCCUUGGAGCCUCUCCCAAGCCACCUGUGGUCACCCCCCGACGAGUACCUGGCCUCCUCGUACCUGCACAUCCACUACGGCACGCCAGAAAUGGACUCAGUGGACCCGGUCCGCCCUUUCCAUUACCGCGGCCCUGCCUCUCACCCUCACCCUCAUUCCCACCCGCACCCCCACGGGCACGCUCAUUCUGGGCUGGAUGGCCACUCCCACGGGCCGGCGCCUCACCAUCACCCUCCCACACACGGGUCUCAUCACAUCCCCUAUCGCAGGCCUCAGCCCCCGGCCAUCCCACCCAAGCCCUACCUGAGGGAGGGCUGCAUCCCAGAAGAGGAUCUGCAGCCUCAGCCCAUUCCGCUGCCCCGCCGGAUUUUCCACUCCCCCCACGGCCACAGGGACGAGCAGGGCAAGCACGCCUGGGAGCAGUGCAUCAGUGAGGAGCACGAGGAGGCGCAGUGA